GAACCAACAUUUGAACAAAUCUAAAUCAGCGUUACUUGCAACUUUGAUAAAUUUUGACAUUGUCAGUGCUCCUCAAUCUUUAUAAAAGUCUGGGUAGAUGUGAGGCGGGCAUCUAUCCUGCUGACAACGCCAUACGACGCUGAACACACGGAAACUCAACUGCCACCUUAUCGUCUGCUUGAAAACCACAGCGAACCUGCCGUCAACACAUCGCCGCUGCAAUUUCCGAAGUAAACCCGCUGUCAUGUCUGACUCUGUUGUCAUCAAGGCCUCCCUGGAGCGAGAGGGUUCUAGCCAGCCAGAGAUUCGUCGUUUCGGCGUUCCGUCUGAUGCUUCUGCCAGCUUCACCUACCUGUUCAAGAAAAUAUCGGAAGUCUUUCCCGGACUUGUCAGAGGAAACUUUUACCUCUACUGGAAAGAUAGUGAUGGUGACCUAGUAUCAUUUUCGUCUGAUGAGGAACUUCUAGAGGCUCUGGGAUUUGUUACAGAUUCUGUCUUCCGAAUUCACAUUAAAAAGCAUGCCCCUCAGAGCCAAAGCCCGAAGUGUGGCAGUGGGGAGCUGCACCCUCACGUGAUCUGUGACGGCUGUGAAGGAGCUGUGUAUGGUGUGAGGUACAAGUGUCUGGUGUGCCCGGACUACGACUUGUGCAGCCAGUGCGAGGCACAGAACACUCACCCACAACAUGACAUGUGGAAGAUUGUCUCUCCAAAGUCUGCCACGUGUGGUUCUGGUGCCAGAAUGCCCUUCAUGGUGCCACUCCACUGCCAUCAGUUGAUGAACCACUUCAUGAGCCAGUUCCAAAACCAACAUCCUGGAUGUGGCGCCAACAAAGAAGAGGCUCCCUCUGGUGGUGAUGAACAAAACAAGACUGAUACUGACAAGAAAGGGGAGACUACUCCAGAGGAGGCUUAUCUGAAAAAUAUUGGACAAUCUGUUGCUGCUUUCCUUACUCCUUUCGGGAUUGAUGUAGACGUUGAUGUUGAGCACAAUGGGCGUCGCCAGGGUGUGAAUCCCCAAGCAGGUCAACAGUUCUUCAGAAAUCUCGCCCAGAUGUUCGGUCAGUGCCCCGGGCAACCAGGUAACCAAUCAACGGAAGGAGCCUAUAAGAAGGACUCUGACAAAGAAUCAGCUGAUGAGGCCACCAAGACAGACUCCCAGGAGAAGCCACACACAUCAGGUGAUGGCUGGACCCUGCUCUCCGACUCUGCAAGUGCCUCCCCCCGGGACUCGGCAGACCCUUCCCCCCAGGCAAGUCAUCCAGAUGCACGUAUUGCCGAUGCUCUCCAGCAGAUGUUGUUGAUGGGAUUCUCUGAUGACGGAGGCUGGCUCUCCCGUCUCCUCGAGGCCAAGAAUGGAGACAUCAGCCAGGUGCUGGAUGCCAUCAAACCAAACAGAGACGUCAAUCAUAACUACAGACACAACCAAGCCACGAACAAUCAAGUGAUGGCUCUCACGAUCAAAGCGUACUUGGCGAAAGAAGCGGGGUCCCAACCGGAGAUAAGACGGUUCGGAGUCCCCCCGGAUGUAACCUCCUUUAAUUUAGUACGGCAAAGAGUAAAGGAAGCAUUCCCUUCCCUGCACAAUAAGGACUUCUCUUUACAAUGGACAGACAGAGAUGGCGACCUUGUGACCUUCUCAACUGAUGGAGAGCUGCAAGAAGCCGUCAGCACCAUUACAGAUGGUGUCCUCCGCGUCCACAUAAAUGUACCCCGUGAUCGACGUCACACACCCGGCCAGAUCCACCCCAACGUUAUCUGCAACGCCUGUCUGGGGACGGUGUCCGGUGCGCGCUACAAAUGUUGCGACUGCACCAGCUACGACCUGUGCUCCCGCUGCGAGGCGGAUGGCGUUCACAGCCACCAUGACAUGUGGAAGAUUGUGGCUCCGAGGGACCAACUCAAACCUGGGGCACUUGUUCCACCUCAUAUUCGACGAUGGAUGCAGCGUUUCAUGAGACGCUGGCAGAGUCGACACCCAAAUAAUGGUGUUUCUUCGGCUGCUGAAGGUGAAGUAAAGGAGGGGGAGAUAACUGAGGAAGAACUUCUGGCCAACAUGAAUGAGGAAAUGGCAGCAGUUUUUGAAACCUCCAGUGGUGCAGUUCAUUUGAAGGUUACAAAGAAAGGUGAAGAAGACAUGAACCUAACAGUUGAUGGUCCUGAGGAAACUGAUGGAGCAAGAAAUGGAGUAUCUUCUUCUUCUGUCUCCUUCUCCACCUCCUCCUCCUCAAGCCACCAGGGCCCUGGAGCUGUACAAAAACCAGAGGAAAUGACACAGGUAAAGGAGGAGGAAACGACCAGCCCCACUACCAGUGAGGACUGGACACUUCUGACAACUGCCCACACCAGGACAGAUGUGGUUGAUGGCCAGCCUGGGCCUGGCUACCCUCAUGCAUCAGCUGGAACCCAGCCUGGCUACCCUCCAGGAUUUGGUCUCCACCCAUUCCAUGGUCACAGCCAGCCAGGCUACACCCACCCAGGACAUCUGCCACCACCCUUCAUGCAUCAUCAGCCUCAUCCCAACUUCCCAGGACAUCCCCCUCCACCACCCUUCCCCGGACACCCUCCACACCACGACUUCCCCGGACACCCUCCCCACCACGACUUCCCCGGACACCCUCCCCAUCACGACUUCCCAGGACACCCUCCACACCACCACUUCCCAGGACACCCCCCACAUCCCCAUGUUCCAGGACACCCCCCACCCCACCACUUCCAAGGAUAUCCCUACCCCCACGUCCCUGGAUCUGAAGGUCAGUCUGAGACCGCUGCUGAACCAAACCCUUCUGAAACCAGACCCGUGCCCCUUAACACCAACUCCUCAACCGACACGAACUGUUCUGCUGGGCAGGAUGUGGAGGAGACCCCCAUCCCAUCAGAUCCCCGUAUCCGAGAGGCCUUCCAACAGAUGCUGGCUAUGGGCUUCAAGAAUGAAGGUGGCUGGCUGACGCAGCUCAUAGAGUCCAAGAAUGGAGAUAUUGGGCAGGUUCUUGACACCAUCAAGCCUGAACAACGCAACACUGUUUCAGCACCACCAGACUGCAGACUGGCUUGAAUCAGAACACGCCAACAUGCAUUUCUUAAUCCCAACACUUAGAUCCUGUCAGGAUAGCAUAUUAACACUGGGCAGCAUGCACACUAUGAUUAAGGCUGAAACAUAUGGUAGCACUGGGUAAAUAGUUUAGAGGAUUUGGAUUCAUUCCAGAUUAUGUGGGUUGCAUGUUAGUAUCAUGUAAAGGUUUAUACCCAUUUUACUAUUACAUUGAAGAAUGCUUGAUACUGAUUAGUUCAAAUUGGGUAACAAAUUCCAUUUUCACUCAAACACCAUGCAUGAUUACAUUGAUGGCACAAAGCACUUGGGGCCAAAUAAAUAAUAAAUCUAGCUUGUGCACUUGUAUUUAUCAUGAUCAUUACUUACAUGUUUUCAAAACCAUGUAUAUAAUUAUGACUGAUCAUGCUUUUGUCCUGUGUGAAAAAAGUCAGUUACCGAACAUGUAAUGUAUACAAAUGCUUUUGUCUGAUAAAACAAAUAUGAUCCUGAAAAUACUUCCUGGAUCCUAGUAUCUGUGAAUAAUUUUUUGGUAGUCUCCUUUAUUAGAACAAUUUUGUUCUUUUCGUAAACCAUCUUGUCUAGUCUAAUCAAUACCACAUGGUGAUAUUUACAAAGAGGGAUGGGAUGAAUUUAGCGAUGUACAUGUAUGUAAUAGUUCUAUAUUUUUACAGAUAUACCAGGAAACUGAGCAUACCCUGAUAUUUAUUAUUUACUGUGAUAGUUGUUUGUAUGUUGUUAAGGAAAUCUAUGUGUUCUCUACUUACAUGUGAUAUAUAUUGAUGUGCUUAAUUAUGAAGAUGAUCUCUUGCCUGUGUAUAAAAAGGAAUUAAGAUUCAAAAGGACCAAAUAAACUUAAUGAUCAACACCAA